AUGUUUUUGAUAGCGCUUGCAGUCGCCCUGGUCGCCCUUGCAUCGGCCCAGACCCAGGAUAGAGGUUUCUCGAACAAAGAGAAGCAAUUUAUGUUGGAUUUGCACAACUUCAUGCGGCACAAGGUUGCACAAGGUAGACAACAUCAUCAGCCGCCCGCAACUUAUAUGAUAGCGAUGGAAUGGGAUGACAAUCUGGAGGCCCACGCCCAGCAAUGGGCUGAUGAAUGCAUCCCUGAACACGCGCAUGCAGAGAAAAGGCGGUUCCCAGUCUACGGGGAGGAAGGCGAGAGUUUGAGUGGAGGAGAGCUCAUGGCAAUUAAAAAUGGAUUCGAGAGGGCUUUUAUCACAUGGUUUGAGGAAGAAGACCAUUCUGAAUUCAUUGCCAACUUGUGUAAAGGUCUUCCAGCAUGUGGGCAUUAUAAACAGAUUAUUUGGGGAAACUCGACACGAAUUGGCUGCGGUUUUAAUCGGUGCCCAGGAAAAGCACCCACCAUCUUCUGUAGAUUUGCACCAGGUGCGAAUGGGGUUUACUAUAAGGAUGCACAACCAAUGCGUGAAUACAUUACCGGUGUCGCUGGGAAACAGUGCGAUGACUGCCCACAGGGAUACAGCUUCUGUAUGAAGGAUGGGUUAUGUGCUUCUGCCACAGCCUGCGCGGGCAGCAUGGAACAGUGCAGAUGUACCCUUACCGCGUGUGAGAAUGGCGGGCAACUGGACAGAGGGAAAUGUAUAUGUAACUGCCCAUCUGCUUUUGAAGGACCAAGAUGCGAGUUGGAAUGCAAGGAUCUUGUCUCUGAUUGCCACAAGACAGUGGAUAAGUGUCACGACCCGACCCUCAUGCAGUGGAAUCUUGAGGCUUGCAGGAAGACAUGUGGCUAUUGUCGUGCAUUCAACAUCAAGUUCCCCGAGCCAAGGCCAAACAAGUACAACAUCCUCACCAGAGUCCUAGACGAGCGCCCAGGUGAAGUCGUCAACAGAAAACGAGGCCCCUGUAAGGACGCACAAGGCGAGGAAAUCUGUGGCAUCUGGGCUGAUCAGGACAAGUGUCAAUACCGAUGGGUGAAGGUUAUGUGCAGGGCAACGUGCUUUGCAUGUAACAGCGAAAAACGAGGUCCUUGCAAGGACAAUGCGGACCCGGACAUCUGUACUUACUACCAGCUGAACGGUUAUUGUGAGGAGGAUAAAUGGAAGGAAUCCCUGGCCAGGAGUUGCCCUGGAGCGUGUAACAUGUGCGGCCAGGCGAUCCCGCGCCAAGUCAGGACUGGAACAAGUGAGGAUUGCCGAGACUUUCACACGGACGAGGUCACGUGCAGACGGCUCCAGGAGAGGGGCGACUGCGAGAAUGAUAGGCAAUGGACGAGGUUCCACUGCGCCAGAACAUGCGGUUACUGCCCAGGUCUUCCUAAAGGUGCCUGUACCAACGCCUAUGAGGACCGAGCCUGUGAACUUUGGGCUAAGAAGGGUUACUGCGACCAAGCGUGGAACAAGGAGAACUGCAGACGAUCAUGUAACUCAUGUGAUACGCCUCCUCCACCCGGACAGCAGUAGACAAUGAACAGCUCGAUGAACUACUAAUUUACCCGAAACAGAGUCAAACGCGAUACAUGUACAUGUCCAUGCUAUCGCUAUACGACAAAAGCUCGCUGUUGUUGACAUCUCGCUACCCUCCAAACAUUUUAAUGGUUCCUAACAACACCAUCAUGACACAUACAUCAACAGCUGACUUUCACGAACUUAUCUGCGUCAUAAGUUUGUGAACAUUUCGCCCGUAAAGCUUCAGGAUGAAUAGCACUGAACGUAACCAUUUUGGGUCUGUGUACAUGCAUAAAUGUACUUCGGAUGCAGUUUUAUAUUCUUUAUAUUACUUUACUGUUCCUGUGAUUUCCGCCAUCCCCAUACAUCAUGUGUACCUCCUUGAGCAAACUAGCGAAAAGUAUUUGA